GCGGAGGCUGCCGGGAUCGGGCUGUAGUCUCGGUUCAGGCUCAAUAUGGCGGCUCCGCGGGAGCGCUGAGGAGCCGGCGGGGUAGAUUUGGUGGCGCUUGGGGUGCGUGGGGCCCUGCUCCGGCCGGAACGCGUGAGCGGUUCGGGGCUGAGGGAGGAGGUUGCGGCGGCGGCGGCCGGGAGAGCGGCUGCGGAGCGGCGCGGGGCCUGCGGCGGGGAGAUGGCCCAGUGCGUGCAGUCGGUGCAGGAGUUCAUCCAGGACUCGUUCGUGCCCUUGGUGGCCGCGCUGUGCAGCGAGGAGGCGGAGAGACUCACCCGCAAGAACAACCUGGGCUUCUCCGAGCUGGUGAAGCCCUUCUGCCGCCUCACCUCGGAAGUUCACAUGAGAGAUCCUAACAACCAGCUUCACGUAAUUAAAAACUUGAAAAUUGCUGUCAACAACAUUAUUACCCACUCACCUCAGCCAGGAGGCAUUCGGAAGCUUCUAAAUGAUGUUGUAUCUGUCAGUCAACCAGCUGAAGGAUUAGUAGCUAAUGUGAUUACUGCAGGAGAUUAUGAUCUCAACAUUAGUGCUACUACUCCGUGGUUUGAGUCUUACAGAGAGAGCUUUCUUCAGUCCAUGCCUGCAUCAGAUCAUGAAUUCCUAAACCACUAUGUAGCAUGUAUGCUUGUAGUUUCUUCUGGUGAACCUGAACCUGUGGAGCAAUUUCUGAAGCUGUCACAAGAGCAGCAUAGAAUUCAGCACAGCAGCGAAUAUGCAUAUCCAAAAUGGUUUAUACCAAACACACUCAAAUAUUAUGUAUUGCUGCAUGAUGUAAGUGCAGGAGAGGAACAAAGAGCUGAUUCAGUAUAUGAAGAAAUGAAGCAGAGAUAUGGAACUCAGGGUUGCUAUUUACUUAAAAUAAAUUCUCGAGGAUCUAACAGGGGAGCAGAUGAACAAAUACCAGAUCCUUGGAGUCAGUAUCUCCAGAAAAACAGUAUCCAAACCCAGGAAUCUUAUGAUGAUGGUCCAUAUACUGUAAUUUCAAAUAAGAAUGCUGACCACUUAAUAUCUGAUGGCUUAGAUAAUGACAUCCAAGAUGGUUUAUCAAAUAACUUUAAGGCUCACCCUCUUCAACUGGAUCAUCUCAGUGAUACUAGUACCAGUUUUGAUGCCACUGAGUACAUAAAGACGACUACUUCGCUGCAUGAAUCAAAGAAGGCCAGUUCUGGGACUCCUCAUGGUACAUGUUUAACGCUCACAGAUCAUGAUCGAAUUAGACAAUUCAUACAGGAGUUCACAUUUAGGGGGCUUUUGCCACAUAUAGAGAAAACAAUUCGACAGCUUAAUGAUCAGUUAAUAUCCAGGAAAGGUUUGAGUCGAUCACUAUUUUCUGCAACAAAAAAAUGGUUUAGUGGCAGUAAAGUUCCAGAGAAAAGCAUAAAUGAGCUAAAAAAUACAUCUGGCUUGUUGUAUCCCCCAGAAGCACCAGAGCUUCAAAUCAGGAAAAUGGCAGACUUGUGUUUCUUGGUCCAACACUACGAACUGGCGUAUAGUUGCUAUCAUACAGCAAAGAAAGACUUUUUGAAUGAUCAAGCAAUGCUUUAUGCAGCUGGAGCACUGGAAAUGGCAGCAGUAUCUGCUUUUCUUCAGCCUGGGGCGCCUAGACCGUAUCCUGCUCAUUAUAUGGAUACAGCAAUUCAAACAUAUAGGGAUAUCUCAAGUAGGAACAUGAUGCUGGCUGAGAGAUGUGUGCUGCUUAGUGCUGAAAUUUUAAAAAGCCAGAGCAAAUAUUCAGACGCUGCUGCUCUUCUGAUACGUUUAACCAGUGAGGAUUCUGACCUUCGCAGUGCCCUUCUGUUGGAGCAGGCUGCACAUUGCUUUAUAAACAUGAAAAGUCCUAUGGUUAGAAAGUUUGCCUUUCAUAUGAUAUUGGCUGGCCAUAGGUACAGCAAAGCAGGACAGAAGAAACAUGCCUUGCGUUGUUAUUGUCAAGCCAUGCAAGUUUACAAAGGGAAAGGUUGGUCUCUUGCAGAGGAUCAUAUUAACUUCACUAUUGGUCGUCAGUCUUUUACUCUUCGUCAACUUGAUAAUGCUGUGUCUGCCUUCAGGCAUAUUUUGAUCAAUGACAGCAAACAACCUGCUGCUCAACAAGGGACCUUCCUCAGAGAAUACCUUUAUGUUUACAAGAAUGUAACUCAGCUAUCACCCGAUGGCCCUUUACCACAACUUCCUUUACCAUAUAUUAACAAUUCUGCAACACGAGUAUUCUUUGGACAUGAUCGACGACCAGCAGAAGGUGAAAAGCAGGCAGCGACACAUAUAAGUCUUGAUCAGGAAUAUGAUUGUGAAUCUUCUCACCAAUGGAAGGAGCUUGAAGAACAGGUUGUGGCUGUGGUUAACAAAGGAAUAAUACCAUCAAACUUUCAACCGACGCAGUAUUGUUUGAACAGCUAUUCAGAUAACUCCAAGUUUCCACUUGCUGUAGUAGAAGAACCAGUAACAGUGGAAGUAGCCUUUAGAAACCCAUUGAAGGUUCCACUUUUGUUGACUGAUCUAUCGUUGCUUUGGAAAUUCCAACCUAAAGAUUUCAGUGCAAAGCAUAAUGGAGAAACAAAAGAGUUGGCAUGUGGAAAUGACAUGAUAGGAGCUGAAGUAAUAGCUGAGUUCUUAAUUAAUAGCGAAGAGACAAAAAUGGCAAGACUAAAGCUCUUUCCCCAUCAAACAGGGGAGCUACAUAUUCUGGGAGUCGUUUACAAUCUUGGCACUAUUCAGGGUACUAUGAUGUUAGAUGGGAUUGAUCCUUCUAUUGGAUUGCAAUCAGGAAAAUUUGUUUAUAAUGGGAUGUCUGUACGAGGACGACAGGACUUAGAAAUUCAGGGCCCUCGACUUAAUAAUACAAAAGAAGAAAAAACAUCCAUUAAAUAUGGACCAGAUCGACGUUUAGAUCCUAUCAUAACUGAGGAAAUGCCCUUGUUGGAGGUGUUCUUUAUAAAUUUUCCUACGGGGCUGCUCUGUGGAGAAAUCAGAAAAGCAUAUGUAGAAUUUGUGAAUGUGAGCAAGUGUCCUCUUACUGCAUUGAAGGUUGUAUCAAAACAUCCAGAAUUUUUUACUUUUGGUGGAAAUACUGCUGUUUUAACACCACUGAGUCCCUCAGCUUCUGAAAACUGUAGUGCUUACAAGACUGUUGUGACAGAUUCUACCUCUGUAUGUACAGCACUGAUGUCAUCAGCUUCUUCUGUAAACUUUGGGGUUGGCACAGGAAGUCAGCCAGAGGUGAUACAUGUCCCACUUCCUGACUCUGUCCUCCUCCCUGGGGCUUCAGUCCAGCUGCCAAUGUGGUUACAUGGACCAGAUGAAGAAGGGGUUCAUGAAAUAAACUUUUUGUUUUACUAUGAAAGUAUUAAAAAACACUCAAAAAUGUGUCAUAGAGUAUUAAGACACACUGCAGUUAUUUGUACCAGCCGAUCUUUGAAUGUUCGAGCUACUGUCUGCAGAAGUAAUGCCCUUGAGGAUGAAGGCAAAGGGGACAAUAUGCUGGUAUUUGUGGAUGUGGAAAAUAUCAAUACUAGUGAAGCUGGGGUUAAAGAAUUUCAUAUAGUACAAGUAUCAAGUAACAGCAAGCACUGGAAGUUGCAGAAAGCUGUAAAUCUUUCUGAAGACAAAGAUUAUAAACUUGCCAGUAGAGAGAGAGGAAAGCUAUGCUUUAAAGCAGUAAGAUGCAAAAACUCUGGAGAAAAUUACACAUUUGCAGACAUUGUCUUUGGAAAUGAGCAGAUAAUCAGUUCAGCUAGUCCGUGUGCAGACUUUUUUUUCCGAAGCUUAUCCUCUGAAUUAAAAAGAACACACACACAAUCGAAUAUGUUUCAAGGAGCUGUGAAACAGUCAUUUGAUGAGGCAGUCAGAUUGAUACAAAAAUGUAGUAAGGUGGAUUUGAAUAUUGUUGUUCUCUGGAAGGCGUAUGUUGUGGAAGACAACAAGCAGCUUAUUUUAGAAGGCCAGCAUCAUAUUCUUCUUCACACAGUAGGGAAGGAGGCUUUUUCCUUUCCUCAAAAGCAGGAAUCACCAGAAAUGGUUUUCUUAAAGUUUUUUCGACCAGAAAGCUCUUCACUACCCACAAGACCAACACCAGACCAGCUUUCUAACCUUAUCAAGACUAGUCUUCAUUAUCCAGAGUCCUUUAAUCACUCAUUUCAUCAAAAAAGCCUUUGUUUAGUACCUGUCACUCUUCUACUUUCCAAUUGUUCUGAGGCUGAUGUUGAUGUAAUAAUUGACUUGCGGCAUAAAACAACAAGUCCAGAAGCACUAGAAAUCCAUGGUUCUUUCACGUGGCUUGGACAAACACAGUACAAACUUCAGCUUAAAAACCAGGAGGUCUGUAGCUUGCAGUUGAAAGCUUGCUUUGUUCGUACAGGAGUCUAUAAUCUUGGAACUCACAGAGUAUUUGCCAAGUUAGCAGACCAGGUUACUUUGUUUGAAACAAGUCAGCAGAACUCCAUGCCAGCACUGAUCAUCAUCAAUAACAUUUGACCAAUUACCGGAAAGAUCAUACUAAAAACCAAAAGAAUCUGAUUUUUCUUAUUCUGCGGAUUGACAUUUAUUCCAGUUUUGGAAUGUGUUACCCCAACAUCUAACUUACAAAAGAUCGUGUAGGAGACAAUAGCAAAAUAUUCAGACUACUUGCCAAUUUGUUUCUUAAUGCAAAGUACGUUGGACAGAAAAUGCAUAUAUCCUUUUUAAUGUCUCUUGCAUCUCUGGUAAUUUAUACUCAUAACACUGAACUAAAAUACUCCUUAUAAAACUGUUUGAAUUUACUUGUGAAUCCCAGGCCCUGUCCAAAUAAUAAUAA